AUGGUUUUAGUGACACCCGUGCUGUUGCUGCUGCUGCUGUCUUGGGUAUCAUCCCUGCAAGCUGUCGCAGAGAUCUGCCGGGGGACGCACUGCUACGGCGCGGAAACCGGCGAUCCAAGACCGUGCACCGGAGCGCACUGCCCGGGGGGCAGAUCCUCCAGACCUCCGCGGCAGUUUAACCCCACAGCCCAGGGGAGAGCGGCGCAGAUAGUCGCCAGCCAGCACCACGCGUACCCGAGCUCUCCAAGAGCAGCGUCGGACGCGUAUCCGGCUGUGCAGCCACUCCGCGGGCGGCACGGUGACAGCAGCAGCAGCAGCAGCAGCGGCGGCACACGGACAAGAGCGAGUGAAGUUUUCCCUGCAGGAUGCACGGAUGCGGACUGCGCUGCGCUUGUGAAACAAUUUCAGCCCACUAAUGACACCCGAGACUGUCGAGGGAUCGAGUGCAGACUGCCACCGAGGAUACGGCCAAGAGCUCGAGUAAAGUCCUGUGUGGGAGAGGGCUGUAGUUCAGAGGAGAGCGCCAGCCAGCUUCCUCCUGUCCAUCUGUCCGACAGAGCCGCGCAGUUUCUGGGAGAUUUCCCGGAGCUUGGAUAUCCGUCGUCGGAACUUGGCGGCGCGCCUCUGGGUGUCCAGCUCACAUGUGACAUAAAGCCAGGGGAGAAUGAAGUUCCCUCAGAAGAUGCCCUCAUCUUGCACCUCCAGCUGGCAAAGGGGCAGGAGAAGCUGGUGGAGGCCCUGCGAGCCCAGCAGGUGGUCAUCCGCGACCUGCAGCAGAAGCUCGCCGACCAACAGGAGGCGCUUCUGUCCCAGCAGAGGGAGAUCCUGGACCAGCAGCGGCGUAUGUACGAGCAGAUGGAUGUGGUGAAGGCCCAGUACGGCCUCCUCUCCGACACCAUCAAGCAGGUUUCCUUCCAGGGGCUGCAGGACGAGCUGCAGAGCUACUUCGAGAACCACCUGGCGGGUCUGCAGAGCCAGGCCCGCAGCCACCUGCAGAAGUCCUACGCCGUGCACAAAAUGGACAUGGACACCAAGGUGAUGGAUGUAGUCGGAGAGGCUCAUUUCCCUCAGCCUCUGCUGGGGUGCCCGUCGCCCUGCGGGCAGGAGGAGUUCUGUAAUUUUCAGAAGGAGUCACCGCAGUGUGAGAAGUGCACCAUGUGUCCUCCAGGCUUCUUUCUGAUCUCACAGUGCUCUCCCACUGCAGACAGGAUGUGCCAGGAUAGAGAUGAAUGUCUGGAAGUACCAAACAUCUGUGGAGAGCGAGUGAAGUGCCUUAAUACUCCAGGGGGGUUCAGGUGUCUGGGAGUCUCUGAGAGAGAAGCCGUGUUGGGCCUGUGUGGUCAUGAAUACUUCUACAACCAGGAGCUGCAGGAGUGCCAGGCCUGCUCUGACUGUGAUGGAGAGCCUGUUUCUGUCCCCUGCACAGCUAUCACUGAUUCCGUCUGCGGCCAGCCUGCAGAGAGCCGACUCUCCCAAUCUUGGGGUGCUAAUGUAGGAAUUCCCCCUGCGAGGACCUCUGGCACCCACAUCUUCUCUGGGCUUCAACUAAACAUCCGAGGCAAAGAGAGGAUCGAUCUGCUGUCCAACGAUGCGGGGCAGGUGACGUUCCUGCAGCACGGCCUGGUGUGGUUGGAUCAUAACUUUGCGUUAAAACACAGCUGCAGGAACUUCCUUCAGGUGGGAAUGAGGCUCAACGGGAGCCAGGAGGAGGAGGGUCAGGACCUCAGUGGCGUUCGCAUCGAACAGCCAGACGGGAAGUACUUCCAGGGUGUCAGCGUCAGCAGUGGAGUCGAGGUGGAGCCGAACCACACCUUCACUCUGCUGCUGAAGAGUCCGAACCAGCACUGCAACCAGAGCAAGGAUAUUCACAUCUACGAUAUCUCCACUCCCUCUUUCAGCUUGCUCUGGUUGUCACAUGACACCGGUGCUGUAGCCAUGACGGCUCAGAUGUCCCUGUUGACGCACUACCAGACCAGCUACCGCCCGACUUUCCGCAUGACCUCAGUUUCCGACCCGUAUAUGAUUAGUCUGACGCACGACAAUCGCGGCGUGCGCUUCACAGAGAGCGGUGUGGUGAAGUUCGUCCUCCAGCAGGCGCUUUAUUCCAUGGGCCACACUUGUAUCCGAGAGGGUUUCUCCCUGAUUGCCUACACAAACCGCAACGGGACCGGACAGGAGGCGAUGCAGUCUUUCAAAACGGGCGUCAACUACAGAGACACCUCCAUCACGCUCUCCGGCGCUGUGAGCGUUGCCAGCGGAGACACGCUCAGCUUUGAGAUCCAAACUCCCUCCCAGUGCAACAUCCGCUACUUUGGGGACAGCACAGGGAUCAGUAUUACGAGCCUUAUCUGGAUUCCCUCUGCAGUGUCGUCAGCCCUGACUGCUACCGUGUCCAGGACCGGUCUGCCGUUCGGAGCAGUCAGGAAUAAGCCGCUGUCAUUCCAGCAGAUCACCCCGGACACGCCGCAGGUCCACUUGGCCCGCUCAGGCGAGCCAAACAGCCGGAAGAACUUUAUAUUCCACGAGAAAGGGACGGUGAACAUAGCCCUCAACCUGAAGCUGAUACACUCCUGCAAUAUUGUAAAACUCACGUUGCAGCGGUUGGGGGGUCCGGGCGGGCAGGCAGGUCCUGUAGCUCAGCAGGUGUCUGGAUAUAUGCCUGAAGGGAGCCAGUGGGCCAGUAUUGGCCUGCGGACCUCGUUUCCAGUGCAGAACGGUACAGCGGUCUACGUCACUCUGGACUGCAUCCGCGGACGAGUUAACCAGAUAACUCAUGAGGGCGGCACUAACAUUUCAAUCCUCUGGGUUUCAGUGUGAUACAAGAAGAGAUUUUUCAUUAUUACAUUAAAAAAAGACAGUUUUGCACAAUAUUGAAUUGCAGAGCAGAUUCAACAAUUUACCAAAUUAAGGGAGAAUACUGGUAGAUAUAAAUAAAGUUACACAUAUUUUGUCAUAUUAUUGUUGAAAAUGUAUGUUUCAUUACCUGUUUAGACUUUUAUUGUGAAAUAUUUUAGGUAACAUAUUGUAAGUACUGCUUUUGUUUGAAGUACUUCGGCUGGUUGAGCAGUGACCAAUUCUUCAUGAGGUGUGUGUGUGUGUGUGUGUGAUGUGAGGUGUGUGUGCUUGUACAGUCUGUAUGAGUUUGUGCACAUACUUGUGCAGUGGUGCUUAUAUAUGUAUGUAUAUAUGUAUGUAUUUGUGUGUAUACACACAUUGGCAUGCCUAUUGUAUGAGUCGUUUAAGGGGAGACACUACAGACACUUUUCUUUAUGUUACAAGUUUGUUUGUUUUCAUUUCAUGUUAAAAUGUAAUUAAGAUAUUAUCUAAUGUUAACUUUUAGUGAAUUUAGGAGAAAUCUACAGACAAAGUUAAGCAAAAUAAACACAGCUGUAUUUUGGAUGUUUUCUGAAGAAUAAUGCCCAAAAUCUCAAAACUGACCAGUGCAUGCAUGAAAAAACAAAGCAGUGUCUCACCUUAAUAUGUAUAAUCUUACAUUCCUGCACAUAUUUAACUUUUUGUACUGUGUCUAAUAAACCUUUUUUGUAUUAUAUCACUAGACAUUUAAGAGAAUAGCUUGAUAUUUCAGAGGAAAUGUGCUUAUUUGACUUCUGGAGGAGAGUUAAGUGAGAAGAAACAUACCUCUCUCAAGUAAGUAAGCUUAGCAGGAAGACUGGAAACAGGAGGGAAGAAGAAGCUAACCAGCUGCUCUUGCUAGCUUCAUAUUUACCUGUGCUAAAUACGACGCUACCUGUGUCACGUGGGUUUCGCCACUGCCACGCCCCUUAGGGAAACAAGCGACCGGUCUAUUUGCAUUGAGUUCAAUGGGAGAAAUGGAAGUGAAGACAGAUUAUGACCGAUUCUUUCGUCCCAGAGUCACCAAAGUAAAUAUUGGACCCAUUUUACACAAGCCACAUGUCCUCUGAACAUUUUAACACCGAAAUGGGAUUUUUCCGACGGACAAAUGCGGAGAAAAUCCACUUUGUUUAAGAUAUAUCUAGAGCUCAGCGACGACCUCUCGCGAGAUCUAACCACAAGCAUUAAUGUCUGUUAAACUCUCGCGAGAUCUGGUAAAGAGUAAAGGGGGCUCAAUCAAAUGGUAAUCAAAUCCGUAUAAUAGCACCUUUAAAACUCACAAAUUGACACAUUAUGUUAAUCUAAGCCAUAAUGUUCUUGUUAGCGUUUUAAAUAAAAGAAAUACUAAAAACAAAUCGAGGAAGUUUACUAUUCCCAGCCAGGAAAUAGUCUUGCCAAAAACCACCAUAAAAUUGAUUUCUGUCCAUAAUAUACAAACAAGACAUAUACUGUUAAUUUAACAGUUUCACGGAUGCUGAUGGGCUUAUUUUGUCACCUAAAUGGUGCCAAUAAAUUGGCUGUUUCCCCAUUUUUCCAGUCUUUAUGUUAUUCUAAAGCAACUAAAGAGUGGUAUUAAUCUUCUCCUCUAGCAUUACUCCAUAACUGAAUACAUGCAUUUUCCAAAACUAUCGCUUCAAUGCUCUGAAGACUCAUGAAAGAGCUAUACAUAACUUAGUGGGUGCUGUUUUUGAUGAUAUUUAUUUGCCUUUUUGUAUUUACACAAUGCAUAUAUUUCUCCUGUUUAUGGCAAAGCACUGAGUAGGCAGUGUUGAUAUUUAAAGACAUGCAAUGAUAGCCUCUAAAAUAUGUUUAUUUGCACACGUAUAGUUUAACGUUGUAUUAUGGACUGUGCAAACAUCAUGCUUUGUUAUUCUUUUGCCUAAACAUUGUUUCCCUGUGAAGAGCUGCCCAUGCAUAUCGCUCCUAAUUGCCUCUGUGUGUGUCCUGUCCUCUAAACAAUUAGGCAUAAUUAAGUGUUUCAGGGAAUUGGCAGCAAUGCCACCACUGAAAUUCUUCAGCUUUAUUCUCACUUUAUUAUGUUUUGUUUUUUUUCUGUGGUUGGACUCCCUGCACAUGUCAAUGCAUGCAUGUUCAACACCAAAUAAAAUGUACAUAUAUUUUGC